AUGUCAGCAACCCGGAGAACUUUCGAUGGCAUGCGACCAGCACUCAGAAAUCCCAGGAUCGCAUUUGAUGCAGCUGUCAACAUUUUCUGCAGAGAAUUCGAGUUUUAUGUGACGAUUUAUCCAGAAAGAUACCGGCCGGGAUAUGUUGUCGAAAAGAUACUUAUCAAGUGCCUGAAACUUUUUAUUAUCUUUAUCGCCAAACACGAUCAUAGGCGCGGCCAGGGAACAGGAAUGAGCUAUCGCGGCUUGGUGUACUGCAAUGCCCUCCUAUUCUGGGCCGACAGAAUACCUUUGACCUACGACAAGAGUCCCAUUUCACGAGGCAUGCUAUAUAAUGCAAUCACCAAGUCGAUGAGAUAUGGCACUCGUACCUUUGGUCUUACCAAAACCGUCAACAUGACAAUGUCGAAAGUCGGACUUGCAGAGCUACACCAGCUAAUUGAUUCUGACAUGAUUAGUACACCUAAUGUCGGUUCAAUUCGCAAAUCUCCCUCAGGGUAUCAGAAACAUUGGGCGCUGGGAACAUAA